AUGCUCGAAUGGAUCCCAGAGCUCAACUGGAUGCGCAGCAUCCUCACCCUCCUCCUCACCAGCAUCUUCCUCCUAUACUGGUACACCCGCAUCCCAACCUCCAUGCCCCGAAACAUCCCCACCGUGCCCAUCUACAUCUCCCUCCUCGGUCUGUGGAGCGACAUGGGCCAAGACACCAUCUACGACCGGUGGCUCCGCGCACCGCUCGAAAAACACGGCGCCGUGAAGAUCUGGUUCGCCGGACGAUGGAACGUCCUCGCGACCCGGCCGCAGUUCCUGGUAGACAUGUUCCGGCACGAAGACGUGUACGCCAAGGCGGGCAGUCAGAAGAAGAUUCCGUGGAGUGUGAUUGCGGCGUUGGUGGGGGAUAAUAUUAUCAAUAGUCAUGGGGAGACCUGGCGGUUGUUUACGUCGAUUAUGAAGCCCGGGUUGCAGAGGCGGAUUACGGAUUCGGGGCCGUUGCUGGAGAAGUCGAGGACGUUUGUGGAUGUGCUUUUGGAGGAGCAGGGGAGACUUGGGGAUGGAGGGGGCGUGCUUGUGAAUCCUAUUAUUCAACGGUGGGCGUUGAGUUGUAUGGGGAUUAGCUUUAUGAAUAUUGACCUCGAGGCACUCGAAAGACCAGGCCAACGCCUCGAAGAACUCCAAACAAUCAUCAAAAAGACCCUCUUCAAACCGUUAUUCUUCAACUUCCCCGACCUCGACCGAUACCCAUCCAUCUUCCGCCAGCGCAAGGCCGCAUUCGCCAUCAUGCAAGAAUUCGGCGACCUCCUCUGCAGCACAGUCCGCCAACGAUCAGCAAACCAUUCCACCAACACUAAAACCCCCAACCCAGAUGGCGACCAAGUAGUCGACUACCUUGACCGAGCACUCCAAGAAAACCGCAUCACAGAAGAACAAUACCGCGCCAACAUAAAAGUAACUUUCCUCACAGCCCACGAAAACGCCCAACAACUCCUCAACUCAACAUUCUGGGUCCUAGGCACAAACACACGCAUCCAAGAAAAACUCCGCGCCGAGAUCCUAGCCACAGGCAUAGAGCACCCAUCAACAGAUCUAGUAAAUUCCCUCCCAUACUUAUUCGCCGUCAUCCUCGAGCUACUCCGUUUAUACCCGCCCGUCUCGCAACUAAUCAACCGCGUAACGACCGCCCCAGCCACGCUCGGCGGCGAAAUAUCUAUCCCGGAUCAUACGUGGGUAGGCUGGAAUGCCUUUGGCGUGCACACGGAUCCGAAUAUAUGGGGAGCCGACGCUAGACAGUUCAUUCCCGAGCGAUGGGGCAGUGAUGUGAAGAGUAUCCAGGGUACGAUGCGGAGUAGGACGACGCAGUGUCAUUUUAUUGCGUUUAAUGCGCAUUCGCGGAAAUGUUUGGGGCAGGGGUUUGCGGUGCUGCAGAUGAAGGUUUUGUUGUUUGAGAUGGUAAGGAAGAUUGAAUGGGUUGUUGAUCCGGGGUAUGAGUUGAAGUUGACUUCGGGUGGGAUUAUGGCUCCGUUGGGACUUCGUGCUAUUGUGAGGGAGAGGGAGGUGUGUUUGAAGGAAGGGGAUUGA